AUGUCCUUCACUCGCGGCAAUGGCAACGGUAACGGCGGUCCAGAUCCACGCGCCCCCAUCUACACCAAAGAUAUGCUGGAUGAGGUCAAGGCUUUCAACGCCGGUCUUACACAAGCCGGAAAUAAGCAAAAGGCAGGUCGCGGACGUGGUCGGAGAUCUAGCACACUGGGUCGUCCAUCUACACCCUCCUCGCACAUUUCCUCUGCUCCGUCCGUAAAUACCUACAAUUCUCGCCCAGCUCCGUCAUCCAGCACCCGCACCCACGUUCCUGGCGUCACAAGAUCCGGUGUCGCUGCUAGUUGGGGAACGAUGGGACCUCACACCGUCGGCCCUUCGCCUCCUCGAUCCAAGUCGCCCGUUCGACAAAGUGAUCGGAUUCAGUCGGCUCCGGCUCCUGCGCAAUCUAAUACUGGUCCGUUUAUGUAUAGAGGUGAAAAUGCGAGCUCUAAUGCUUCCGGUGGUCAACAACAAUCCAUGCACCAGCACCAGCAAUCUGCCGCUGGUGGCCCGGGACACCGAGUUAAUGAUCCUGUCGGCCAGCAGCAAUCUACGUACCAGCAGUCUGCUGCAACGAUAAAUGUUGCCUCGGCGGACGGCUACAAGGGUCUUGAUUCCAGCCCCCAAGUGUACCAACAGGUUCCCGUUACGAUGGAUUGUGGCUUGAGGAACCCUUUACAUGGUCAAUUUGAGAAUUUGCAACCAAUUUAUCAACAACCUGCCGGUGCAAUGAAUGACAACUCGGCAAACGGAUCCAACGGCCCUGUCCCAAAUGCUCAGCCAAUCUAUCAACAGCCCUCUACUACUUGGCCGCGUGACCAAAACGCUGACAACAAAACCUCUGUUUUUCAGUCUUCGGCUCAGUUCCAGCAACCGACUGGCAAUCUGUCCGGUGUCCAGAGCGCUGUCGAUAAUGCCUCGGUCGGCUUCGAUAGUAUCACAUCCCACGAGCCCGUCAAGCCCUUCAUCCCUGCGCAUUUGCGCCAGGAAUCCGCCCGGAAGGCGUUGCAGGAGAUUGCCGAUCUGGUUGGACUCCCAAUAAGUGAGAUCAGCGAGGAUGGCAGAACCCUGGGUUUUCCCUCCAGAGCCAAGAAGACUCGUUCUGCCUCAGGGGCCAUGCCAGUGCAAACACAGAACACUAUUCCAUCAAACGCCGCCGAGGCUUCCGCAUUCAGAACCAAAUAUUAUCAGUCUUCGGUCGAUACAGAUAUGUGGAUGGCCUUUGCGGGUAGCAAGAAUUACGCCAGGUCUCAAGCUUCGGCCACCGUCGGCGGUCCUCCUCGUAUUCUAUCAUAUGAGCUGGACCUUGGUGUGAUGGAUGGUGUCCCUAUUAAUUCUAAGCAUCAUGUGGCUGGUCAAGCUCUGCCUGGAAUCUCGGAAUCUCGCUGGGCUAACCCCCCUGCCUCCGGAUUCAAUGCACCAACUCCUGUCACCACGUCCACACCCGCUUCUAACGAUAAUGUGGAGCCGGCUCAAGGUCAACAAAGCACCAACAACGGUUUUGCAAGCUUCAACCAGGCUCUUGCUGCCACGACUCAGGCUACUCCAACCCAAUCGACACAAAAUCCGAUUUCGGCCGGUUUCGACCCACGUCAAGUCGCGCAGAGAAUCGGAUCUGAGUUGAAUCGUGGUAGCCUGUCGAUUUUGAGAAGUGCUUCUACUUCGGCUCAAGCUCAAGCCAAUCCACUCAACGCCGGAUCUGGUCAAGCUGGUGUAUCCCUCUAUAGUGCCGUAGCCGCUCCAAUUGUCUCACAACCGGUCCUCACUCCUGCCAUCACUCCUGCUUCUGCGCCUGCCAAGCAGGGAAAGACUCGCUACCUGGCAUCUUCUCGCUGGGCUAAGUACCAGGAUUUACCACACGAGCUGUUACCAAUCAUCAGUAUCAGUCUCAUCAACUGGACGGUGUUUGCCAACUUCAAAUAUCUGGAAUAA